AUGGAACGUCACGAAGAUCUUUCUUUGAGAAAAAGCCAAAAGUUAAGUCCUGCUAGGGCACAAAAGCUUAACAAGUUCGUGGUGGAUGAUUAUUUUAAAAAACUCAAGGAAAUAAUGGAGAAGUUGGCUGUGCAAGAUAAACCGGCUCACAUUUACAACAUUGAUGAAAAGGCCUGCCAAUUGAUGCUUCACAAAAGUUCUCUAGUUUUGGCACAAAAAGGUGUAAAGCGAGUCCACACACUAGCUUCGGAACAUGCUGAAAAUGUAACUAUUGUUUCCUGUGGAAAUGCUAACGGUAACACCAUACCACCUAUGAUCCUCUUUAAAGGAAAGAGAUUGAAACCAGAAUGGGAAUAUAAUUUACCCCCAGGCUCUUUAGUAGCAAUGACUCCAAAAGGCAGUAUGAACUCUGAAACAUUUGUGAAAUGGAUACAUCAUUUUGCAAAAUUCAAGACUCCAGGUCCAUGUUUAUUGAUAUUCGAUGGAGCAUCUAGUCACUUAGAUUACAAUAUUGUAGACGUUGCAGAUAAACACGACAUUACUCUAUUAUGUCUUCCAAGUAACACAACGCACGAACUGCAACCCAUGGACAAGGCUGUCUUUAGAGCGUUUGAGCAUUACUGGGAUCAAGAGCUUCAGAAAUUUCGGUUCCAGAACAAAGACAAAGCUCUGACAAAACAAAGAUUCGGGAGGAUAUUUACUCCAGUAUGGGACCAAAGCUCUUACCCCAUCUAA